AUGCAAGGGGCUGAGCCAAGUGUGAAAGCAGCACAAGUACGCACCUGGUUGGCGGUAGGGACAAAGAGCAUCCCCAAAAGCCCGCAACUUCAAAUCCGCAAUCUACGGCCCUCGGUAAAGAUUUUACAUCCAGUCAACAUUUGCCUAGUAGGCAUCGCACCUAUGGAGUCUCGCGUGUCGGAGAAGCUGGAGCAGCCAGCCACUGCGGAGCCCGCAUAUAUUGAGGAGCCUAUUCGUUCGGUGUCACAAGACAACCGCAAUAAUCUCUCCGACCUCGAGGCUGAUGUUCUAAACCAGCAAAUCGCCUCGUCCGAUCGUGGUUUUGGCAUCGCCACCAUCUACCGAUAUGCGUCAGUUUUUGACAUGGUGCUAAUUGCCAUCAGUUCCAUUUGCGCCAUCGCAGGCGGUGCCGGCCUGCCCUUGAUGACAUUGCUAUUUGGCAACUAUCAGGGAAUCAUACAGGAUUAUUAUGCGGGCAAAAGUGCAUACGACGAGUACGUUGCCCAGAUGACAACCUUGGCCUUGUGCUUUGUAUACCUCGCCAUUGGUGAGUUCUUCACGGUUUACAUUGCGACCGCGGGCUUUAUCUACUCGGGAGAACGCAUCAGCAAUAAAAUACGCGAUCGUUACCUGCACAGCUGCCUGCGUCAAAACAUUGCCUACCUGGACACCAAACUUAGCAGUGGCGAGAUAACCACCUGCAUCACCACCGAGAUCAACCAAAUCAAAGCAGGCAUUUCGGAAAAGCUAGGCAUGACGCUCGGUGCGGUCGCUACUUUUGUUUCGGCCUUCGCGAUUGGCUUCGCGUCUUACUGGAAACUCACGCUAGUUCUCUGCUCCUCAGUCUUUGCUCUCAUCACCACCAUAGGCGUCGCAACCUUGUUCAUUAGCAAGAGCAGCAUCAAAUUGUUUCUCUCCUCUUCUGCGGCCGGGGCUCUGGCCGGCGACGUCUUUGAGUCUGUCCGCACCGCCGUCGCCUUUGGAACCCAGGAGCGCCUUGCAAAGCUGUACAACGAGCACCUUUUCCAGGCUGAGAAGUACGGGUUCAAGGUCAAAGCAAUCACCAGCAUCAUGGUUGCCAGCAUGAUGCUUAUACUAUACCUCAAUUAUGCCCUGUCGUUCUGGGUCGGUAGUACGUUUCUUAUCAAUUCGGAGACCUCGGUUGCCAGGAUCCUUACAGUCACCAUGGCAAUCAUGAUGGGCGCCUUUGACAUUGGCCAUGCGGCACCCCACUUCCAAGCCUUUGUGAUGGCUCUCGGAUCGGCCAAGAAGAUUUUCAACACAAUCGACAGGAAACCCCCGCUGUCUUUGGACCCGAGCGCGAAUCCAAACCAGAAGGUGGAAAACAUGCAGGGUAAAAUCUGCUUCGAAAACAUCAAGAUGGUCUACCCGUCUCGGCCGGAAGUGGUGGUGCUACAAGACUUUAAUAUCGAAAUAGCGGCGGGCAAAACCACAGCAGUCGUGGGACCGUCUGGGUCAGGGAAAAGCACGCUCGUCGGGCUGCUGGAAAGGUUCUACAACCCCGUUCGAGGUACGAUAUAUUUUGAUGGACGAGAUAUUAGUACCUUGAGCAUCCCUUGGCUGCGCAGGAAUAUUGGUCUGGUAGCUCAAGAGCCGACGCUUUUCAACACUACCAUCUUUGACAACAUUCGCCGGGGCCUACCAGCAUCAGCAAGCGAGAGUAUAGAUAUGCAAAGGGACCGGGUGGUGAGCGCCGCAAAGAUGGCAAACGCGCACGACUUUAUCUGUCAACUCCCCGACGGCUACAACACCAUUGUUGGCGAGCGAGGUUCUCGUCUUUCCGGUGGUCAAAAGCAACGCAUUUGCAUAGCACGGGCCAUCAUUUCAGACCCAAAAGUCCUCUUGCUUGAUGAGGCAACCAGUGCUCUCGACAUUGAAUCGGAAAAGGCGGUCCAGGUCGGGCUCAAGCAGGCAAGUGCGGGACGCACGGUUAUCGUAAUUGCUCACCGGCUCUCAACGAUUCAAGAUGCGGACCAGAUUGUGGUUCUCUCUCAUGGUUCCAUCGUCGAGCAGGGAACCCACGAGGACCUGCUGGAGAGAAAUUGCGUGUAUUCCAAACUGAUGGAUGCGCAGAACCUCGCUGAAAUGCUGGCCUGCCAGGAGACGCAGUUCCGGACCAAAGAGAUUACCACUGCAUCUUGCGGCAGGGAUGAAAAUGACUCUUUUUUGGCCAAGGACCAGUCCACAGUCAAAGCACUUGCAGCCGGCACCUCCACAUCCCAACGCGCGGCUCAUGUGGCCAAGUAUGAUAUAUGGACGCUGAUCCGCUUCAUCGCCUCCUUUAACAAGCAGGAAAGGAACCUGAUGCUAUGGGGCCUCAUCUGGGCCGUCAUAUGUGGCACCGGGACGCCCAUCCAGGCCAUCUUUUUUGCCAAACAAAUCAUGAUUCUUGGCCAGCCAUUGUCCUCGGAAACAGUAGAGGCCAUCAAAAAGCGAAGCGACUUUUGGAGCGCCAUGUACCUGUUGUUGGCCGUGGUGCAGUUUGUGGCAUUCGCCUUCCAGGGGCUGGCGUUCGCAAAAUGUUCAGAGCGACUCAUCCGGCGCGUGCGCAACAUGACUUUUGGGCACCUACUGCGCCAGGACCAGGCCUUUUUCGACGACAUGGAAACGGGUGCCCUGCUCUCCUUUCUCUCCACCGAAACGGCCAACAUCGCUGGUCUCAGCGGCGCAACCCUGGGCACGCUGCUUACCGUCAGCACGACCCUGAUUGCCGCCCUAGUAUUGGGUCUCUUAAUCGGCUGGAAGCUCUCGCUGGUCAUUGCCUCGGCCGUCCCCGUACUCCUGGCUUGCGGGUAUCUGCGCUUCCACAUGCUGGCCAAGUUUUCUAGGCAUUCGCAGGAUUCAUUUGCCCAGUCAGCGUCCAUAGCCAACGAAACCAUCACCUCAUUGCGCACUGUUGCUGCGCUUGUCCGGGAGGACGAGGCCCUCGCCGAAUACCGUCGCAUUAUCAAAAAGCAGCAGCACAAAAGCCUCAUCUCAACUUUGCGGUCGAGCGCGCUAUAUGCCGCCUCAAGCUCGGCUUUUUUCCUAGCCUUUGCGCUUGGAUUUUGGUACGGCGGCACGCUACUCGCGAGGCGCGAGUACGACCAGUUCCAAUUUUUUGUAUGUUUUUCGGCCAUCGUGUUUGGCGCCCAAUCGGCCGGAACCUUCUUUUCGUACGCCCGCGAGAUGGGAGACGCGCACGGCGCCGCGGUGAACUUGAAGCGCCUUUCCGACAGGAGACCGGCCAUCGACACGUGGUCCGAGGCUGGAGCGGCCGUGAACCGCAGCUCGUCCACGGGGGCCAUUGAGUUUCGUAAUGUAGAUUUCAGCUAUCCAAAACAAAGCGACCGUUUGGUGCUCCAAAACCUCAGCCUUCGCAUCCCGGCCGGACAAUAUGUUGGACUGGUAGGGGCUUCGGGUAGCGGCAAAAGCACCGUCGUCUCUCUUUUGGAGCGCUUUUACGAUCCGGUUGCUGGAAGCAUCCACCUCGACGGCCAGGACAUCCGCACGCUCAACCUAAAACAAUACCGCGCCAUCAUAUCCUUGGUUGGUCAGGAGCCCACGCUCUACCAGGGAACCGUGCGGGAUAAUAUACUCCUUGGAAUACCUUGUCCGAACCUUGUCCAUAGUGAAACCAUAAAAAAGGCAUGUAUGGACGCCAACAUCUACGAUUUUAUUCAAUCCUUGCCAAACGGCCUUGAUACACCCGUCGGUAACAAUGGCGUCCUUCUUUCGGGCGGCCAAAAGCAGCGCAUCGCCCUGGCACGCGCUCUAAUCCGCAAUCCCCGGGUCCUGCUGCUCGACGAGGCCACGUCGGCACUGGACUCAAAGUCAGCAUCUCUGGUACAGGCUGCGCUACAUAAAGCGGUUAACAGCAGACGGACAAUUAUAUCGGUCGCUCAUCGUUUAAGCACGGUCCGGCACGCCCAUGUUAUCCUGGUCCUCGCCAACGGGGCCGUUGCCGAAGCAGGUAAUCAUGACGAGCUGAUGCGCAAGGAUGGUUUGUAUGCACAGAUGGUUAGAUACCAGUCGAUUCAGAGCAGCCUUUGA